UCUUAUCGGAGGCUGUGUGCCACUGUGUGAUUGGCUGAUAGCUGAUGACUCAUUUCAACAGGCUGGUGUGGGGCUGGCAAAGGAGCGGAGGGUAGGUGGUGGUGAAAAGGGGGAGCAGGAGGUGGGAGUAAAGCUUUCUCCCACUGCGUGUACGCUUAUGUGCAGUGCUGUUGUACAGCGCGCCGUUUCGCACAAAAGCACACAACAUAAAUACUUGCAAACGGAGUCAACUUCAUCUAUGCACUUACUCAUUGUGUUUUCUGCUCAUCUCUUCAGCCGCGGUUGCCUGUAGCCAUACUUGAGGAGAGACAUAGAGCCGGAAGGAGAGAGAGAGAGAGAGAGAGAGAGGAGGGAGAAAGAGAGAGUGAGAGAGAGAGGAGGGAGACUUGUGUUGAUCAGAGAGUCUGCAGCCCCCCAGCCUUCCCUCUGUUGCUGCUACAGUACGUGUGAAAGGAAGAGGGAGAGGCAGCAGAAGCAGAUCUGCUGUUUGUCUCUGAGACUCAGAGGGAAGAGCAGAGCGCUGUGAGCUGUGCAGUGCAGAGCAGAGCCAGCCAGUCUUCUGGUAUGUGUCCAGUGUGAGCAACUCAGCCGAGUCCCUGCGCACUUCUGUCUGAGCUGCCUCGCACCCCAGGACUCUGAAACCAGCUACACAAACAGGAAUACCUGUGUCCACUCAAGCGGUUUGGGUAGUGGAGCAUGUUGUGACAGCCAUGUCUCUGGAGAUGGAGAAGACCAUCACCAAGCUGAUGUACGAUUUCCAGAGGAAUUCCACCUCUGAUGAUGACUCUGGAUGUGCACUGGAGGAAUAUGCUUGGGUUCCCCCUGGCCUCAGUCCUGAGCAGGUGCAUCAGUAUUAUAACUGCUUACCAGAGGAGAAGGUCCCUUAUAUCAACAGCCCUGGAGAGAAAUACCGCAUCAAGCAAUUGCUUCACCAGUUGCCACCACAUGACAAUGAGGUACGAUAUUGUAAUGCACUGGACGAGGAGGAGAAACGAGAGCUUAAGCUGUUCAGCAACCAACGGAAGAAAGAUAACCUGGGCCGAGGCAAUGUCCGUCCUUUCCCCCUAACUAUCAAUGGGGCCGCCUGUGACAAGUGUGGGGGUCAGAUAAAUGGAGGGGACAUUGUAGUUUUUGCACCAAGGGCGGGUCAUGGAAAAUGCUGGCACCCUCAGUGCUUUGUCUGCGGCACAUGCGAGGAAGUAUUGGUGGACCUCAUAUACUUUCACCAGGAUGGCAAGAUCUACUGUGGCCGGCACCAUGCCGAGAGGCUGAAACCCCGCUGCUGUGCCUGUGAUGAGAUCAUCUUUGCUGAUGAGUGCACUGAGGCAGAGGGCCGGCACUGGCACAUGAAGCAUUUCUGUUGCUACGAGUGUGAGACCACCCUUGGCGGGCAGCGCUACAUCAUGAAGGAUGGACGACCACACUGCUGCAACUGCUUCGAGUCCCUUUAUGCAGAGUACUGUGACGCAUGUGGAGAACACAUAGGCAUUGACCAAGGUCAGAUGACUUAUGAUGGACAGCACUGGCAUGCAACUGAGGAAUGUUUUUGCUGUGCCCGUUGCAAGCGCUCCCUUCUUGGACGCCCCUUCCUGCCAAAGCAGGGGCAGAUUUUCUGUUCACGGUCCUGCAGUGCGGGACAGGAUCCCGAGGAAUCUGACUCCUCAGACUCUGCCUUCCAAAGUGCUCGAUCACGUGAGUCCCGCCACAGCACCAAGAUCGGAAAGAAGGAGCGCAGGAAUGCUGAGCAGGAUAGGCGAAGCACCGAACCCCGCCAGUCAGCUCCUCCAUCGAUGCCCGACCGUCUCUCUGCUGAUAUGGAUCCCCUCUCUGGUCAGAUGGAUCGCUUAAGCCUCACUUCUAGUCAGACUCCAAGCAGGACACCUAACCGCACCCCUAGCCGCACUCCUAGUCGAGCCCCAAGCCUUAACCAGGUGUGGAUGAGCCGAGAUGACCCCUACAUCCCUCCUUCCUAUGAAGGCCCUCAGCGGGAUCCCUCCCCUAGCCCUACACCCAUUCAUCUGCUGGGUCAGUGUAAUGCUAGGCAAGGUUACAAUCCUAAUGCGAAUGCUCAUCCACCAGCCCAGAGUCCUGCCAACCCAGGAAAGAGGCCUGAUUCCUGGGGAAAGGAGCAAGGGAAUGCCAAGAGGACCCCUAUGGCUGCCCUGAGAGGCUACUCCUUUAAUGAAAACUGGAUGCAGCACAGCCAGGAUGAGUUCAGACCCAACAAGCUGCGCACCCAGAUGAGCUUCAAUGAGAUGUCUAGCCAGAAUCAGGGUUUCUCUGACAAGAGAAGUAUCAGUCUGCAUGGAUUCCAGAGAAAUGGAAGACCGCCACUGACCAGGAGGAACCCUAUCAAUGCCAUGAGCUUUAACGAGCCCCUCACUCCUCUAGAACAGACCCCUCGUGGAUCCAUGGACUCCCUAACUAUGUCUAAUGCUACAGGUAACUCUCUAGAUGGAGUCAGCAAGCGUCAGGAGCAUCUGUCAAGGUUUUCCAUGCCUGACCUGAGUAAGGAUUCAGGUGUAAAUGUGUCUGAAAAGAGCAACAUGGGUACCCUCAGCUCCUCAGUCCAGUUCCACAGCACAGAAUCGCUGUCCUCCUCCCGCCCAUACAACAACAACAACAACAUGUACACCCCUCUGAGAGUCGGCUACCCACUGCAGUACUGGGAUGGCCCACAGCCGCUCGGCUUUGAUGGUAAAGGUCGUGUCGGGGUGAUGGGCAGCAGUGGGAAUCUGCGGAUGGCUCCCAUGAGUGACAGAAUGCCCCGCCGAAGCUUAAGCGGGCAGGAAUCUGUGUCCCAGAACCAGCAGCCACAACCCAGACGCCGCAAACAUCAUCGUGGGAACAACGGCAACGGCCAGCACCGCAGUGGCCGCCACCACAAACGCUCUCGCCGCUCUCGCUCUGACAACGCCUUGCACCUGGUGGCAGACCGGCCUGCUCAAAUGAUGGAGCCGCCGUACCGUCGCGUUCAGGAGGAUUAUGAUCGUUUCCCCUCUGGUCAUGCUGCACGGGAGUUGUUCGGGCUGGACCCGGGCGGGUACAGGCAGCAGCUUCACCGGCCCUGUCCCCGCACCACUUCUGAUCUUACCCUGCAGAAUGCUGGCUGGCAACCUGUCGGCCUGGGCGGGCCGUGCUGGGGCGAUGGGUACAUGGAGGCUGCUGACCCCUGGUGCUCUAGCUGCUCCUCUUCCUCCGAGUCUGAGGAAGAAGAGGCUUAUUUUAUGGGAGAACCAAUCCCUCGGCCCGUGCAGCUGUGCUACAUCAAUAACGAGGAGCGACGCCAUCGCUACAGUCCCUCUGGGAUAGGUGGCCAUCACGGACCUCUUCACGGACCGAUUCAUGGCCAGCUGCACACCCGCCAGAGGAGGAAGAGCAAAAACUGCAUCAUUUCGUAGAUAUAGAGCAAGGAGUUGGGGAGGGAUGAGCAGGAGAGUGAAAGAUAUAAGAGAGAAAGGUAAGGAGACGGUGUAAAGCAGCAGAGAUGGUGGAACAGAGGGAGUGGGAAGGUGAGAGUGAGACAGCUGAAAGUGAGAGUGAAUAGAGAGUUUCUGUGUGUGUGUGUGUGUGUGUGUGUGUGUGUGCUUUUGUGUGUGAGUGGUGGGGUUGAAGAGGAAAAAAAAGGCCUAUUUUUUGUGCUUGUGAGCUUACACAACUCUACACCAUGUAGUGUUUGUGUACACCUACACAGAAUGAUCUAAUCCUAAGAGGAAGCUCAGCUGGCUUACACAACGGGAGUGUUUACGCUGAUGGAGAUCAACUGAUGGUACCAGGAAGCACUGAAGAAUUUGACAACUACAUAGACUGUGGUCAAGGUAAAAUAACAUGGCAUGUGUGCGUGUCUGUGCGUGAACCCCAUGUUACAGAGAGAUUGAACUAUUCCAGCUGGAAAAGGCCAGUGGUCAAACUACAGUGACAUGACUGUUCACGUCACCGCUCAGUGAUCCAAGCCCUGGGCAGUAAACUUAUUCUGUGUGGACAAACGAGAAAUUGUAUUGGGAUAGUGCAAGCUACGUGCUAGAUUCCAAGCUGUGUCAUUGUUUACCUCAGUGGAAUCCAAAUGCUGCUGGAAUAUAGUGUUGGCUCGCUAGCCCCGUUAUCACCUUGUACAAAUAGUCUUUUAAACCUUGUGCUCUGCAUAGCCGGCUCUCCAUUGCUUCACCAAGGACAGAGCGCCACACAGCCUCUGCUCCUUGACCAUUCAGGCACAGUAACGUCAGGUAUGGUCCCGUUUUCUCUUCUGCAACAUGCUUUGUUUUGGUUUUUUUGAGAGUUACCUAUAGUUGAUUAAUACUACCACUAAUAACACUAACAAUAAUAAUGAUAACACAAAUAAUAACUAUAAGAAUAUUAAAGAAUAAUACCUACUAGAUGUAUAUAUAGUAAUAAACUUUAAUAAUGGAUGUAGUAAUGUAAAUGUCCUGUACAUAUGGUCUUAAAUAUUUAUAUAUUUUGUAACUAAAGAACCAUUAUUUGUAUAACAUGAUGUAGAGAUAGGGAGGCUUGCAUGUUAAUUUGUUGUUGUUGUCUCAUACUGAAAAUAAAGUGUAUGUCAAUGAAC